AUGCUACCUGUAUACCUACCUGUGGCUGUCACAGCUGAUAGAAUGCUACCUGUAGACCUACCCGUGGCUGUCAUAGCUGAGAGGAUGCUACCUGUAGACCUACCUGUGGCUGUCACAGCUGAUAGAAUGCUACCUUUAGACCUACCUGUGGCUGUCAUAGCUGAGAGGAUGCUACCUGUAGACCUACCUGUGGCUGUCACAACUGAUAGAAUGCUACAUGUAGACCUACCUGUGUCUGUCACAGCUGAUAGAAUGCUACAUGUAGACCUACCUGUGGCUGUCACAGCUUAUAGAAUGCUACCUGUAGACCUACCUAUGGCUGUCACAGCUGAUAUAAUGCUACAUGUAGACCUACCUGUGGCUGUCAUAGCUGAGAGGAUGCUACCUGUAGACCUACCUGUGGCUGUCACGGCUGAUAGAAUGCUACAUGUAGACCUUCCUGUGGUUGUCACAGCAGAUAGAAUGCUACAUGUAGACCUACCUGUGGCUGUCACAGCUUGUAGAAUGCUACCUGUAGACUUACCUGUGGCUGCCAUAGCUGAGAGGAUUCUACCUGUAGACCUACCCAUAAAUGCCCAAGCUGACAGGAUGCUACCUGUAGACCUACCUGUGGCUGUCACAGUUGAGAGGAUGCUACCUCUCAACUGUGGCUGUCACAGCUGA